UCAUUGAAACAGCUCACACAGGAAGUGCCACCUCCAACAUAUGACUUUCAUUAUCAUUACCAUUUUAGUGAGACCACAAAUAUAACAAAAGAUGACAUGAAAGAGGAGGAAAGGAAAUGGACGCAAGUAGAUGUGGAACGUCAUCUUGAUUUUUUUCUUUCUUUGUGUGCAAAGAAAAGACAAUUAUUCGAAGAGUUGGUUUCGGUUUACAUCCAAUCGUCAGAUUCAAUUCAAAAGAUGAUUCGUAAUUAUUCACAAAAAAUGAUUGAUACAAUCGGGUUGGCUGGAUUAUUAGAGUUAUUCCAAACUUUCCCAAGCGGAGCAGAAGAUUUU